GAUUCUAGCAACAGAGUCGGUGAAGUAAAUUGUUUAAGUGAUCUGUUUCUGAACAUUUGAGACGCCGGACCGUCUCACCGCCUAUGCUACCCUCACUGGAGUCGCCCGCAUCGUGUCCUAUCCUAUCCCAACCCGACCAGAGUCUGAUGGGUUCUAGAUGUAAAGAGAAGACCACAUAUCGAAGACAGUUCUUGUAGAGUCUUAAGGAAUUCUAUGUCUGUGCGGUGUACUUUUCACAGUGGAAGCAGAACAAACUAAUGAGAUUAAUCGAGUGUGCUUUUGAGAACCGUUAUUGCAAAUUUACAAUGGCAAAAGAUAAGCAGUUGUUUUAGUUGAGUAUGGAGGAGGGCUUUUAUUUAUGCUAUUGUACUGUGUAAAAUGGCUAAAGAAAGUUGAAGAUAAGUGCCCCAAGAGUGAUAACCAGCUUGGUAGAGCAUGAGAUUAAGAAGACCCGUUGUUUCCCUAUUCUUGUAAGACCAAUUCUCAUCUCAGAUUGAGAAGUUGGGUUGUCAUGCCAGAAAUUACAUUUGGUGUGGGCUUUGUUGCGUAUCAUCAUCAUCCAGCUCUGGUUCACUGUGAAUAUGCAGUGGUUGUGUUAUCUGAGGAGGAUGGUGAUGCAGAUAAGCAAAUUAGGGGGGUGUGGUCUGAUAUACAUUGCAAUACUUUGUGGAGGUGUCGUGAAGUCAUUGCUAGUUCUUCAUAUCAGCUGAAACGGUCAUAGUGCAGACUCUCCACCAUGUUUGGAGAGGUAUACUAUUGAAGAGUGCCGAUCACAAGAUGGAAUCCAGAACAAUGCUGUGAAGAUCAGCCAGUAGUUGAAACUGAAAGGAACCAAGUCAGAGAUAUAAUCUUUUUCGUCACUUUAAAAUUUACUGCUAUCAAGUAAAAGGAGGAGCCGUCAAGGGAGUUUUAUCCAGGUCAGUGCUGGUAUUCAAUGGUAUCAUCUUGAUGCUAUUGCGCCAAGUAAAGGCAACACCAGUAAAGGGCAUAGAAACAGGGUCUGCAUCCUUCAAAGAAACUAAUAAAAUCGAUGUAUAAAGUGACAUGUUCAAGAGAGAUGACAUUAUUGAAAUGUCGAGAAUGGUAUAGUUUUGUUUAGUGUGCAUAAACAAUAUGUUGAGAAUUAUUACCCGCAAAUGACGGUAUGAUCGUAUCCAAUCUUUCAUAAGCAAUGGCAUCAUCCUAUUGUUUAUUGCACCAAGAGUUGAAAACUUGAACACUGCCAGACUUAUCAAGAAAAGUUGUAUCAUAAAACUUCCCAAUAACAUCCAAGGAUCAAUCAUCAGUACCAGGUUUCAAGAAUAGAGUAUAUUUUAUCUUCUGUUCCUCAUCAUAAACUUUUCUUUUAUUCCAUGGGAUCCUAGAAUCUUCUGUUGCAUUUUCCACGAAUCUCUCAUAUUUAAGUGAGCCAAAGUCUUCUGAGAAUAUUCUAAUCUAACUAAUCCAAAAGACAACCUGUCCCCUUUAUUAUUUGUCCUAUUUUUUAUUGUCUGACUAAAAUGUAUUUUUCUUGUAUGUCACGUCAUGAAAGUAGAAGAUUGGUUUCAUUUCUGUAAUGGGUAUUGCACUAUAAAUCAAAAGGCAUUUUGGGGCAGUAGACAGUACUUGACCUUAACCAUGGUUAAUGUGAUGAUCAUGUUUGCUGGUUUUCAAGAUCAUCAGGAGAAAGCAAAGUACAUUCUGAUCAUUAACCAUGGGUUUAGGUUUGAUCAACUCUUAAUUUUCUUCCUGAUCAUUCUUUCAAGCUUGUGGAGUUGUCGUGUUGCUGCUGCAGCAGACAAUAUUCGGGACACACUCAAAAUUGGCGACAGUCUCAAUUCCUCAAGUGCUUUAGUUUCUGCCUCUGGGAAGUUCACUCUGCUUUUCUUGCCAAACGGUUCAAGUUCCAACUACAGGUAUCUAAAUAUUAGGCGGUACAAUGUAACUGAUGCGAAUAAGGCGUGGGUUGCCAACCGAGACUCACCUGUUUUAUACCCUCUUGGAGUUCUUACCUUGGACUCCAACAACACAUUAAAGAUCAUUACAAACAACGAAGGUGGCGGUGGCGAUCCUCCUAUAGUGCUUGGCUCUGCGCCAAAAAGUAGUAGUAAUGUUGUGGCUACUCUGUUGGAUUCUGGCAAUUUUAUCCUACAACAGCUGAACUCCGAUGGAUCAAUGAAGCAGGUGUGGUGGCAAAGCUUUGAUUAUCCAACAGACACCUUUUUACCAGGCAUGAAGUUAGGUGUCAACCAUAGCAAUGGGCACAUUUGGUCUCUUACAUCAUGGACAUCCGCUUACUACCCACCGCCGGGGCCUUUCACUCUAGAUUGGGACCCGACUGCCCGCCAGUUGGAAAUUCGGAGAGAAGGGGUGGUUUAUUGGAGAAGCGGAAACUAUAGUGCUACAACCAACAGAUUCCAAAACAUUUUGCCGAAUGCGAAGGUUAGCUUCAGGUUUAGCAUUGUUUCAAAUGAGAAUGAAGACUACCUCACUUACAGUUCUGAAGAUGGUGCAUAUGAGUUACCAGAAUGGUUUCUAAAUUUCGAUGGGAGGCUUUCUAAUUAUUAUGGAGCGGGAAUUGAUAUUGCACGAGCAGAUCAGUGUGGAGGCUACAGCACAGAUGAACUAGGGUGCCAGACAAGUGGCCGGCCAACUACCUGUAUGGCAGAUUUCGGCAGUCCAUUUGUGCCAAAAAAGGGUUAUUUUCAACCAAUCACCUCAAGUUCAACUUCAAGAUGCCCAUACUCGCUCAACUUUGUAUCAAACGGAAGUUACAGUGGUACUAGUAUUGAUUGUAAGAAUACUUGUUUGCAAAACUGUGACUGCCUUGGAUUCGACUUUCUAUUUGAUAAUCAGACAGGAUGCCGAUUUUGGAGUGUGGACUGUGAAUUCGUUGAAGACCGCACUCAACCUGGUAAUGCAAGCAGUUUGGUUUUAACAAAGCUAAUGCCAACAGCAAAAUCAGCAGCGCCAAAGUCACCACCAAGCAAAAGUGGUGCAACGCAUAAAUGGAUUUGGAUUGGGGUUGCUAUUAGUGCUGCUCUAGUGAUAAUGGCCUUUUCCGUCUUGUGCUAUCUACGAAGAAGAAGAAGAAGACAAUCUAAACUUUCAGGUGAGGGUAAGAUCGACCAGAAUGAAUUGCUGAACUUCAGGAGUUCUAAGAGGCCUACUGAUUUGAAUGGACUUCAAAAUGAUGGAAAGAUGGGACAUGAUUUGAGUGUAUUUAGCUAUGCAUCUGUGAUGGCUGCCACAAUCAACUUUGCUGAAGAAAACAAGCUUGGAGAAGGGGGCUUUGGACCUGUCUAUAAGGGGAAAUUGGCAACGGGAGAAGAAGUAGCUGUGAAGAGGCUUUCAAAAUGUUCAGGGCAAGGAACACUAGAGUUUAAGAAUGAAUUGAUCCUCAUAUAUGAACUUCAACACACAAACCUUGUUCAGCUUUUUGGAUUUUGCAUUCACGGUGAAGAGAGGAUGUUGAUAUAUGAGUACAUGCCAAACAAAAGUCUGGACUACUUUUUAUUUGAUUCAGUCAGAGGUGUUUUUCUAGAUUGGAGAAAGCGUUUCAGCAUAAUUGAAGGAAUUGCUCAAGGAUUGCUUUAUUUGCACAAAUUCUCAAGAACAAGAGUAAUUCAUAGAGAUUUAAAAGCCAGUAACGUACUACUUGAUGAAAAUAUGAACCCCAAAAUUUCGGAUUUUGGUAUGGCUAGGAUUUUCUCCAUUAAUGAACUGGAAGCAAAUACUAGUAGGAUUGUUGGGACACGUGGUUACAUGCCUCCUGAGUACGCAAUGGAAGGAAUUUUCUCUACAAAAUCCGAUGUCUACAGUUUUGGAGUGUUGGUGCUUGAAAUCAUAAGUGGUAGGAAAAACAAUAGCUUCUACAAUGAUGAUCGCGCCAUCAAUUUAGUAGGAUAUGCAUGGGAGUUGUGGAAAGAAGGCGCAGGGCUACAACUAAUGGAUCCAGCACUAGCUGAUUCGUGUACUAACAAAGAUCAACUGUUAAGAUGCGUUCAAGUUGGUCUUCUAUGCGUGGAGGAUAGUGCAGCGAAUCGACCUACCAUGUCAGAUGUGCUCUCCGGGUUGACAAAUGAAAGCUCACCAUUACCUGCACCUACAAAGCCAGCAUUUUCUACAGAUAGACAUGCGGUCACCAGUACUAUAGCUGAAAAGGAACCACAAAUUUUAUCUGUAAAUGAUCUGACCAUUUCCGCUUGUGAUGGACGUUAAAGCCUUAGAGGCACUAGCACAUUGUUUAGGAGUUCUAGCUCAAGUGAGAUUGAGAUGGAUGAGAAUGUGGUAGGUCUUAAGAUUGCAUCUCAUAGUUUCUGAAAAAUAUAAACAAAUAAAUAAGAACAAUGCAGACGCUUCAAUUAUAUGUAAAAA